AUGUCGACAUUACAACGUCGUAGAGUAAAUAGAGCAGGUUCAGACAGUAGUGGGACCGAAUUAUCACCUGUUGUUACAGCUGAACAGCUUGCUGAUAACGUAAAAAAUAACGCUUCCAAUGCAGAAGGAAAUAAAUAUAAAGGUCAAGAUGCUGACGAUGACGACGAUAGCUUCACCGUUGGUAAAAGAGUUGCGUAUGAUCCAGAAGAGGCUAAGUUACAAGGUGAUUAUUCUAUACCUAAAUUAACCUUAAUGGAAGAAGUGUUACUUAUGGGUUUGAAGGAUAGAGAAGGUCAUUUAUCAUUCUGGAAUGAUAAUAUAUCGUAUGCCCUACGUGGUUGUAUAUUAAUAGAAUUAGCCCUCAGAGGUAAAAUUAGAAUGCUAGAUGAUUCUGCUAGAAAGAGAUUUGAUGUAUCCGAGAGACUGGUAGAAGUUAUAGAUGGAUCUAAAACAGGGGAAGUAUUAUUAGAUGAAACAUUACAAUUGAUGAAAAAUGACGAACCUUUGACUGUGGCUAAUUGGAUUGAUCUAUUGAGUGGUGAAACAUGGAACCUUAUGAAAAUCAACUAUCAACUAAAACAAGUAAGAGAAAGAUUAGCUAAAGGUUUAGUAGAUAAAGGUGUUCUCAGAACAGAGAUGAAAAACUUUUUCCUAUUUGAUAUGGCUACACACCCAGUGGCAGACUCUACUUGUAAAGAAGCUAUUAAACGUAGAAUACUCUCAGUACUCGUCUCAAGAAAUAUGGAAUUGGAAUACAAUGAUUUUUUCCCCAAAACCACUUCAUUCGCUCUAAUCAGAACUGUUGCAUUGAUAUGUAGUGCAUAUGGUGCUAAUGUUUUAGAAAAUGUUUUAGCCUCUUUAGAUUUUGAUAAGCGUGAUAGAGCUAUUGGGAGAUCCGAUGAAAUUCUUGCUCAAUUUGCUCAAUAUCCUUUUAAACUUGAUGCAGAAUCGGAAUACGGUAUCUCUAUUAAUCUUAAUAGAGAAGUGACCGAUGAGAUUGAAGAUUUAUCCGGUCACGAUUUACAAUUGGAGGUGGUAGCAGGUGUCAUUGAAGUAUUUUCAAGAAUGGAUUUAUUGUUGUAG